AGACAUAUUGAUUAUGUUUAUAUAUUCGUCCCAUUGAAAUAGAAUCAAGGGUCAAACCUCAUUCUGAUCCUGUUACAGUGUCAAAUAUUGCAGCAUGACUUUACUCGGUUUUUCCAAGUUUCGUUUAACAGGAAAACCAGAAAAGGGGCUUGAAGAAGAUUCUCGAUUAAAUUGCCUCGUUGACUUUUCGUGGCAGACCAAGUCCAACAGUAUAGGCUAAAUAUUUUGGCACAGAACUUUUACAUUUCCGGCUCUGUAACAACUUUUUUUCGUGGAACUUGAGGCUUUGAAAGUUCAGAGAGUCUUACAUAUAUAACAUGCAAUUAGGAAGCCUUUUCUUUCAUUAGUUUUGGUUUUGCACACAUUUUACGAGUUCUUUAACAACAUGGAUAAGACUUUUUGCUGUGAUGUCAAAGUCCAACAACCUCGCUGUAUCAUUUUUGGCAAUAGAGUUUUGAAGCUUUGGCUUUUCUUUUUUGUGUUCGUAUCUCUCCUCCUUUUUUCCCAAGGAGAAGAGACCGGUACGAAUGCUAACAAGGUUACUAACAUCGGUGCAAUCAUUGAUGCUAAUUCGCGUAUUGGGAGGGAAGAGAAAACAGCUUUGGAAAUUGCUGUUCAAAAUUUCAAUGACAAUAAUUCAAACAAUCACAAACUCUCCCUCUAUAUUCAGGACUCUGGAAGAAACCCCUUCCAAGCUGCAACUGCUGCUCAGAAAUUGAUUAAAGAAAAAGAAGUUAAAGUGAUCAUUGGCAUGGAGACAUGGGAAGAAGCAGCUCUGGUCGCUGAAAUUGGAAGCCGAGCUCAAGUUCCAGUUCUUUCUUUUGCAGCACCAGCCAUCACACCACCAUUAGCAGCCUCUCGCUGGCCCUUCUUGGUAAGAAUGGCUAAUGGUGAUUCUGAGCAAAUGAAAUUUAUAGCAGCUAUCAUUCGUUCAUUCAACUGGAAAAGGGUUAUAGUAAUUUAUGAGGACGAUGCCUUUGGUGGUGAUUCUGGGAAGUUAGCUCUUUUAUCUGAGGCUCUUCAAGAUGUGGGUUCAGAGAUUGACUACCGAUUGGUUCUUCCACCAUUUUCUUCUCUGUCUAAUCCAAAUACAGUUGUCCAAGGGGAGUUGAUGAAGCUACUGAACAUACAAGCACGGGUUUUUAUUGUUCUUCAGUCAUCCUUACCAAUGACAAUACAUUUGUUUGAAAAAGCUAAGAAGAUUGGACUCGUGGGAAGAGACUCAGCUUGGAUAGUUACAGACACUAUCUCGAGUUACCUCGACUCGUUUAACAAUUCAGUGAUUUCCUCUAUGGAAGGUACUUUAGGAAUCAAGACCUAUUAUUCUGAGGAUAGUAGUCCUUACAAAAAAUUUUAUCCCCAGUUCCGGAAAACUUUCAGAAAUGCAUAUCAAGAGGAAGAUAACUUUCAACCAGGUAUUAACGCAUUACGAGCAUAUGAUGGUAUUGGAAUCAUCACACAGGCCAUGGAGAAACUGAAAAGUGAUGAAACCAGUCCAAAAACAUUGUUGAAAAAUAUUUUUUCAAGCAAUUUUACUGGUUUAAGUAGUGAAAUUCGUUUUAAAGAAGGCAAGCUGUUUCAUGAUCCUAUACUAAGGAUUGUAAACGUGGUCGGCAAAAAAUAUAAAGAGUUGGACUUCUGGUUGCCGGGGCUUGGGUUCUCAAAGAACCUUGUAAACAAAAAUGAAACUGAUUAUGUUGGUGAUAUAUCUGUAGAUUUGGCUGGUAGAGUCACUUGGCCUGAUGACUUAAAGCUAGUUCCAAAAGGAUGGGCAAUGCCUACAAACAUAAAGCCAAUGGUUAUUGGAGUUCCGGCGAGAACCUCAUUUGAGAAAUUUGUUAAGGUUGAAGAUGGUAAGUAUCCAGGCGAGAAGAACUAUGAUGGUUUCUGCAUUGAUCUUUUCUAUAAAGUUAUAAGUGUUCUGGAUUAUGCCCUUCCUUAUCGAUUUGAUCCCCACAAUGGCACAUAUGAUGAACUUGUUCUCAAAGUCUACAACAAGACUUAUGAUGCAGCUGUCGGCGACAUAACUAUACUGGCUACAAGGACAGAUUAUGUGGAAUUUACUCAGCCAUAUGCAGAGUCAGGGUUGUCUAUGAUAGUUCCAGCAAAGUCAGAGGGCUCAGCAUGGAUGUUCCUGAAACCCUUCACCGCGGAAAUGUGGUUGGUGACUGGUGCCAUCUUAACCUACACAAUGUUAAUAGUUUGGUUCUUGGAGCACCAGUGCAAUCCUGAAUUUAAAGGCCCAUGGAAGAAUCAGAUUGGCACAGCACUUUGGUUCACGUUCUCCUCCCUUUUCUUUGCUCACAGGGAGAAAAUUUAUAGUAACCUCACUCGUGUGGUGGUUUUAGUAUGGCUCUUCGUUGUGUUAAUCUUAAACUCAAGCUACACCGCUAGCCUAACUUCAAUGCUCACCGUGCAGCGAUUGGAACCAAAUAUUACAGAUAUUGAAUGGCUAAAGAGGGCCAACGUGAAAAUUGGCUGUGAUGGAGAUUCCUUUGUACGGACCUACUUGGAGGAGGUCCUGGAGUUUAAAAGUUAUAAUAUCGAGAAUGUCAGCAGUGAAUACAAUUAUGAAGGGGAAUUUAAGAGCAGCAACAUAUCUGCUGCCUUUCUUGAACAACCGUAUGGGAAAGUCUUCCUCAGUCAUUACUGCAAGCAAUUUACCACUACCACACCUACGUACAGAUUUGGUGGAUUAGGCUUUGUAUUUCAGAAAGGUUCUCCGAUAGCCACUGAUGUUUCAAGAGCCAUUUUAAAGCUAUCUGAAGAUGGGACCCUAAAGUCAUUGGAAGAAAAGUGGUUUGCUCCUUCCCCAGAGUGUUCAGUCAAUGUAACCGACAGUAGAACCGAUAGCUUGAGCAUCCACAGCUUCUGGGGUCUUUACAUUAUAUCUGGGGCCACAUCCACCGUUUGUUUGCUACUCUUCCUUACUCGCUUACUAAAGAAAUAUUGCCGCCAUCAAGGGGAUUAUGUAGGCAACUUAUCUCCAGUCAAUGUGAGUGUUUGGAUCAAGGCAAUUAGAGUUGCCAAAUAUCUUUAUCAUGGAGAGGUUUGUAUUCAAGGGGAUGCUUCAGCAGCUCCUCCAGCACCUAAUAUCGAUGAAUGGAGCUCUUCAACGUCGGAUUAUGUUCAGAGUCCAAGUCACACUAACAUGGAGAAUCUCGGGGCAUCAUCACAAGAAGAACAAACUGAGAUUGAAAUGGGAUUCCAAGUUGUUAACAAAGAAUCUUUGGCCGAGAUAUAAAUAUUUGUAACUUGUUUCAUAG